CGUAACUGCUUUUUUUUAAUGCCGUGUCCUUUUCUGGGGGCAUUUUCGUGAUAUGAUUUUAUAAUCGCCCUAUAAAAGCUCCGGGCGGACGGGGAUCCGUGUGAAUAAGUCACGUUAGCCUUUGGCGGCGCUGACCAUGCGGACUGGGCGCAGCGAGUGGUGCGGUCGAUAUUCUAUACCGGAGCAGAAGGCGUGUAACUGACUGAUGCUGAGCAUCUACUGCUCCUCCACGUCCCAAACUGCAAGGACAAGUACCUGAGGAGCACACGGGGACAAUCCCGGUUCCUUUAUGACAUUCAGACGUCUUUCCUCUCUGGAGUUUUUAUAAAUUAAAACUGAAGAUCUGGAGCAAGAGUGGAUCGGAACACCUGCAAGUACAUAGCAGGUGGAUCAACACACCUUGACCAGGAGGAAACGAUUCUGAGCACCUGAGAAGACCAUCAACCUAAAGGAUUGCUUCACUGGAGAGAUGGCAUCUUCUUCCCCACCUUCUUCUAGUGCCAACCAGGACACCAACCCAACCAAUUUACGACCCACAACCUAUGACACUUGGUGUGAUGUGGCACAUGGAUGCACCAAGAAACUGGGACUGAAGAUAUGCGGUUUCCUGCAAAGGAACAACAGUUUGGAGGACAAAAGCAGGAAUGUGAGCUCCUUCAAAGAGAGACAAUCUUCCAAGAACCUUCUGGUCUGUGAGAACAUUGAGAAAGAUUCCUCCAUGUUCCAUCGUGCUGAAACUGACUUCUCCAAUCUUUAUGCCAGAGAUUUACUGCCUGCCAAGAAUGGAGAGGAGUUUACCAUGCAAUUCCUGUUGGAGGUCGUCGACAUUCUCUUGAACUACGUAAAGAAAACAUUUGACAGAUCCACCAAAGUACUAGACUUUCAUCAUCCACACCAGCUUUUGGAAGGGAUAGAAGGUUUCAAUCUGGAGCUGUCUGACAAUCCUGAGUCUUUGGAGCAAAUCUUGGUCGAUUGCAGGGAUACCCUGAAAUAUGGGGUGAGAACAGGUCACCCUCGCUUCUUCAACCAGCUUUCAACUGGCCUGGAUAUUAUUGGUUUGGCCGGUGAAUGGCUGACAUCCACUGCUAACACAAAUAUGUUUACGUAUGAGAUCGCUCCUGUGUUUGUCCUUAUGGAACAAAUCACACUACGGAAAAUGCGUGAAAUCAUUGGAUGGUCCGAAAAGGAAGGAGAUGGGAUAUUUUCUCCCGGAGGAGCUAUAUCCAACAUGUACAGUAUUAUGUGUGCGCGCUACAAAUACUUCCCUGAAGUCAAAACCAAAGGAAUGGCUGCUGUCCCCAAACUGGUGAUCUUUACCUCAGAACAUAGUCACUACUCCAUGAAAAAAGCAGGAGCUGCGCUUGGAUUUGGGACUGAAAACGUGAUCCUGGUAAAAUGCAAUGAGAGAGGGAAGAUCAUUCCGGCUGAUUUGGAAGCAAAAAUCCUUGAAGCUAAACAAAAGGGGUACGUUCCACUCUAUGUGAAUGCGACAGCUGGAACAACGGUAUAUGGAGCAUUUGACCCAAUACACGAAAUAGCAGAUGUAUGUGAAAAGUACAACCUUUGGCUUCAUGUGGAUGCUGCAUGGGGAGGUGGACUUCUGAUGUCCAGAAAGCAUCGCCAUAAACUGAAUGGAAUAGAGAGAGCUGACUCUGUCACUUGGAAUCCACACAAAAUGAUGGGUGUUCUUCUCCAAUGCUCUGCAAUUCUCUUAAGGGAAAAGGGUAUUCUCCAAGGUUGCAAUCAGAUGUGUGCAGGGUACCUCUUUCAGCAAGACAAGCAGUACGACAUAUCAUAUGACACCGGAGAUAAGGCAAUACAGUGCGGACGCCAUGUGGAUAUUUUCAAAUUCUGGCUGAUGUGGAAAGCAAAGGGCACUGUAGGAUUCGAAGCACAGAUCAACAAAUGUUUGGAGCUUGCAGAGUAUCUGUACUCCAAGGUCAACAAUCGAGAAGAAUUUGAAAUGGUCUUCAAAGGAGAGCCUGAACACACAAAUGUCUGCUUCUGGUACAUCCCUCCAAGUCUCAGGGGUGUCCCCGACUCUGAAGAGAGGCAGCAGAAUCUGCACAGGGUUGCUCCGAAAAUUAAAGCUCUAAUGAUGGAAUCAGGGACAACAAUGGUGGGAUACCAACCUCAGGGGGAUAAAGCCAACUUUUUCCGAAUGGUGAUCUCCAACCCGGCGGCCACUAAGUCAGAUAUCGACUUUCUUAUUGAAGAAAUUGAGAGAUUGGGGCAGGAUUUGUAAUAGUUGGUUAACCCCAUGUGUGCUCAUCAGACGACUCCAGCACCGUGAGGGUUAGUGGGUUAUUUUCCAGUGCUGGAGUCAGGCAAGGUUUCAAAAUAUAAGUAUUUCCUAAGUGUAUGCACAAUUCUCUCCUAGCACCUUAUUAAAUGUAGGUUGCUGACACUUAUAUGUAGAUCAUAAAAACACAGAUAAAUAGAUAUAUAACAUUGUCUAAUAUGUGUACAGUGAAACUUUGUAUAAAUGUGCUUGUUAGAUGGUAACAGAAACCUACGUGAAAAACCAAUGGAACGAAAUACUGUAACAUUAAAUAAUCAGUAGGUGCUCACUUACAAGUCCCAAUAUCCUUAUGCAAGUGUAUGGAGAGCAGGAUUCAAGGGUCAAGUCCAAAAAUACAAAA